AUGAGAAAGGAAAAGAUUAAAAAGGAAGUAAUUGAUCUUACAAAAAAUGGAAUUGAUGAUGAUGUAAAGAAAUAUCUAGCAUUAGGACCUGAUUUUUCUACACGAGUACCAUAUGAGAAAAUUAUUUCAGAGACGGAUAAAAUGUGUUCGGUGAUUGAGAAGGAAGGGGAAUUGAAAGAAAUCGAUAAAGAAAUCGUUGAACGUGAACUGAGUGAUGUACAUGAAAGUAUGAGAAUGAUUUUAGAAAAAGCAAGACACAGGAAGUGUCAAACUAACUUGACAAAGGAUGAAAUGAAUGGAUAG